AUGGCGACUGGACCUGCAGUAAGUUCAGCUUUAGAGACGAUCGGCAGACAUCAUCUUGAGUGCAGCAUAUGCCAAGAGAGAUACCAACAGCCAAAGAUACUGGAAUGCCUGCAUAGCUUUUGUGAGCAAUGUCUGCUAAAAUAUCGUAGCACGAAGCACCAGGACUCUACGGUGAUCCCAUGCCCUGUGUGUCGACAGGAGACAAAGCUUCCUGAGGUGGGGGUGCAGGGUCUGAAAACAAACUUUCAUUUGAUUGGUCUGGUGGAGGAAUUGGAACUGCAGGAAAAGUUGGUGUGCCCGGGUGGCACAAAGCUGCGCUGUGAGACGUGUGAUGAUGACAAUGAGGCAACACAUCGAUGUUUGGACUGUGCACAGAAUAUCUGCUCACGUUGUCAAAGUUCACACAAAAGAUUUGUAACUACAUCAAGCCACGUAAUAGCUACUUUGGAGGAUGUACGUGAGGGAAAGGUGAAACUGAUGAAGGAAAAUCCGAAACAACAUCCAAAAUGUCCAAUACAUGAAGGCGAAGUGACAAGGUUCUUCUGCAAGACGUGUGAUACUUUGAUCUGCCGAGAUUGUACCGUCAUUGACCACUGUAAGCCAGAACACUCGUACAUUGACAGAAAUCUGGCCACAUCGAAGUACAAGCAAUCGUUGGCUGAACUGGUUUCUCCAAUUGAAAACACAAUGACAGAACUCCAGAAAUCACGAGAGAGAGUUUCAAGAAUAAAAGCAGAUUUGGGUGUCACUGUUAAGAGGGCCAUGACAGAAGUGCAGGACAGAGCAGCUGAGCUCCGAGCAGAGGUAACGGUGCAAGAAAAUCGCAUCCUUGACGACAUUAAAAACAUCCAAACAGAUCGUGAGCAAAAACUGGACGAAUAUGAGAAAACUAUGGGCUUGACAUCGGAGAGAUUUCAGUAUUCACUAGACACAGCUAGAGAGGUGACAAAGACUGCAUCGGAUAGUGACUUUCUCUCACUCUAUGCCACAAUCAGCAAAGACUUGAAAUUGUUGGCAGAUCAGAGAAUGCCUAGAGUUGACAACAGGCUUGCAUUUCUGAAGUUCAAGCAGAGUGAGGGUGUUGGUGGCAUCAGUCUGGGUGAGGUGGUGGCGGAAGGCAAAUGGGAGCUGUGUCGGGAGUUUGGUAAAAUGGGAAGCGGUCCAGGAAAGUUCGAUGGGGCUUGGGGCAUUGCUGUUCGUCAACCUGAUGAGAUUGCAGUGGCUGACCUCAACAACGAACGCGUUGUGAUAUGCAACAUCGAUGGCAACCAGAAAAGCACGAUCCCGAUGCAAGGACGUCCACGCGGCAUCGCAGCUACACGCAGCGACAAUCGUUUGGUGGUUGUUGAGGAAGGCGCAUCCCAUGUGAAGGUGUUCAACAGCGACAACACGCUGGCAUACGAGUUCCCAACGGUGCCGCCGAGUGAGGUCGGUAAGACCGCGGUUGACCUCUGGAGCGUAGCUGUCAAGAAUGAUGGUACCAUUGCAGUGGGAGAUGUGGCGAGGAUGGUAUUGACAGUGCACAGCCCCACUGAUGGUGAGCUCCUUCAUACCAUACCAGUCAAGAUUAAACCUUAUUCUCUGGCUUUUGACAGCAAUGAUCAAGCGAUAAUAAGUGACUAUACAUCACAGACAGUGGAUAUUGCUGGUGGCAAUGGUACUACAAAACGCACCAUCAAACCCACCAUCAAUGGUCAACCAGUGCAAUACUGCUUCGGUGUAUGCACUGAUGGCUCAGGUAUCUAUGUUGCAAUGCAUAAUGGUGACAAUACCAUGACGGGUCAUAUCCAUCGCUAUGACCCUCAAGGUGACUUUCUCCAGUGCAUCGCACAGGGUCUGCGCUCGCCCUGGGAAAUCACAUUUACAUCUGAUGGUCAGCUGGCAGUGGCUGACCACUUCUCAGUCAAGAUAUAUCACCAGGUGUGAUACGACAUUGUAAUCAGUCAUGUCAAUGUCUAAUCAUCGCAGACAUGUCGAUAGAAAAAAAAUAAGAGUGGUUCUAAUCACAAAAAUAAACUUGUACAAUAUUGAUACAACAUACAAUAAAAAAAGAAAAUCACACGGUAUUGGAUAACCAUGUACUAUUUUGACUUUCUGAUCGAUCGGUCGAUUUUGUUCAAAACUGUGGGCGGUUAAGGAUUUUUCUCCUUAAUUUUAUUAAGUAUGUACAUGUAUAUUUAGAGCUGUCAGUGUGGGUCUUUGGUUUAAACCUUAUUUUAACACAAUGAUCACUUAAAGAGAGAAAUGAUGAAUUUCUUAAAACACUAUUCAAUACAACACCGGGGAAACGUACCAUUUUUCGACUGUACAUGUAAGCAGUUUAUAUUUCCAGUAAAUUGCAUCUUUCAAAAAGGCAAUUUUCAAUGUUCAGCCAACCUUAUUUUUCUUUGAUAAAUGGCUGUUUCGGAUUAUAAUGAGUCACCCUUUUUAGUUUUGCCUUUUCUCAACAAACAAUGCGCAGUUCCUGAUAACUAAGGGUUUGGUAAUUAGAAGCAAAGAAACACCGUAGACAACAAAAAUGCUUCGAAUAAAAGCUCUAAAUAACUCGGGCAACUGUCAAUAUCGACGCACAGCAAGAACAAAAAAGUACAUGUUUUGCCAAAAAUGACAUCGCAGUUUUGCUUAUGAUUUGCAUUCGCAAUACGGUAUUACGGCUCUUGCAACAAAUUUAUACCGAUUAUGACAAUUCCAUCCAAUCAAUUCUAUAAAAUUGACGGUAUGGACCCCAUCAAUGGUAUGGAAUAAUACUGAUAUCAAUGAUCUACUCGUUAUAAUAUUGGCUAGUCAU